AUGUCCAUCCAAUUUGGCCACAAGUUCCGCGAACAGCAUUUCCCGCUCAUUAACUCGAAGGGUUUUACAUCCGUCAACCAUGGUUCUUAUGGUAUGCUUCCUCUGGUUUUGAUCGAAAAACUCAACGAAGUCACAUCUGAAUUUUACUCUGCUCCAGACAAGUACGUCUUCAAAACUCAUUUCGAGAACUACAACAAUGCAUUGUCAGCAAUGGGUCAAUUUUUGGGCUGCGCAUCAGACAAUUUAGCCUUUGUCACCGGCGGCACAGUGGCUGUUAAUACAAUUUUGCGGUCGCUUCCAUUGGAGAAAGGUGAUGUAUUUGUGAUACCACACACAACUUAUAGCUUCUGCAAAAAAACUUUUGACUUCUUGGUAGAUACUCUCGCAGUUGAGGUGGUGGUGCUCGAUUAUGAGCUUCCCAUCUCGCAUGAUGACAUCAUUGCCCAGUUUAGAGACGUUUUUGAGAGAAAAAAGGUAAAGAUGGCAUUCUUUGACACAGUCUCCUCGAUGCCUUCUGUGAAACUCCCAUACAGAGAGCUCACUAGCUUGUGUGCGGAAUAUGGUGUCUUGUCGUAUGUUGAUGCCGCCCAUGGAGCAGGAUUGCUCCCAAUUCACUUCGAGGCGAUGAACUUCAAGCCGGAUUUUUUCAGCACCAACCUUCAUAAGUGGUUGUACUAUCCAUACACCUUCACUGUAUUGUACGUUGAUCCGAAACAUCAAAAGUCUAUCCAGACGUUCCCAAUCACUGACACAUACCAAAACCCGGCACAGUCGAAUUUCUUCAAUCACAAGUUCGAGUCGCAAACGCGCGGUCACUACAUGAAGCUUGCAAUGGUUCAACCUGCAAUUGAAUUCCGGUCGAAGAUUUGUGGUGGCGAAGAUCAUAUCCUCGAUUACUGUACUGAAUUAUCAGCUGCGACAAAGAAAAUGGUGGAAGAACGGUGGCCUGGAGCGAGGGCUAUAUCUAACAAGAAUAACGAUUGUCUUGAUAGCGCUAUGACCACUAUAUGUGUUCCGGACGAGAUUUCGUCCGCCUUCGCUCACGUUGAUUCUGCCAAAAGAGCAGCAUACUUAGAAAAGUUGGUUGACGAGCUCCUUGACACCUAUAAAACUUUCAUGCCGUUGUUUUUUUACAAAGAGAAGUUGUGUUUCCGUGUUUCGGCGCAGAUUUACAACGAGCUUAGCGAUUAUGAGUACGCUAUCGAUAGCUUGAAAUCCGCAAUAACUCAGCUCAUUGAGGAGCACGAUUUGUAG